CGGGCCCUGCUGCUCCUCCUGGCAGCGGCGGGGGCUCUGGGGCCGCGGACCCCCGGGGCCGGGGCCGGGGACUGCAAGGGCCAGCGGCAGGUGCUGCGGGAGGCGCCGGGCUACGUAUCGGACGGGGCCGGCAACUACAGCGUCAACGGCAACUGCGAGUGGCUCAUCGAGGCCCCCAGCCCCCGGCACCGCGUCCUCUUGGACUUUCUGUUCCUGGACACGGAGUGUACCUACGACUACCUGUUCGUGUACGACGGGGACUCCCCGCGGGGGCCUUUGCUGGCCAGCCUGAGCGGGAGCACCCGGCCCGCCCCCGUCGAGGCCUCCUCGGGCAAGAUGCUGCUUCACCUCUUCAGCGACGCCAACUACAACCUGCUGGGCUUCAACGCCUCGUUCCGCUUCUCGCUGUGCCCCGGGGGCUGCUCGGGCCGGGGCCUCUGCCAGGACUCGGGCAUCUGCGCCUGCGACUCCGGCUGGGGAGGCCCGGCCUGCGCCCGCCAGGACUGCGCCGCUUAUUGCUGGGAGCACGGCACCUGUGCCUCGCCCGCGGGGCCGUGCCAGUGUGAGCCGGGCUUCCUGGGCCGGGCCUGCGACCUGCAUCUGUGGGAGAACCAGGGGGCCGGCUGGUGGCACAACGUCAGCGCCGGGGACCCCGCCUUCCCGCCCCGCCUGGGAGCCGCUGGCGCCUUCUUGGCCCCCCCGGGGCUGCUCGCCGUCUUCGGAGGGCAGGACUUGAAUUCGGCUCUGGGCGACCUGGUGCUCUACAACUUCUCUGCCAACUCGUGGGAGCGGAGGGACCUCAGCCCAGCCCCGGCAGCCCGCCAUUCCCACGUGGCUGUGGCUUGGGGGGAUUCCCUGGUGCUGAUGGGGGGCGAGCUGGCGGACGGCUCGCUGACCAGCGACGUCUGGGCCUUCAGCCCGCGGGGCCGGGGCCGCUGGGAGCAGCUGGCCCCGCCCUCCCCGGGCCCGCCGGGCCCCCCCGGGCUGGCGGGCCACGCAGCGGCCCUGGUGGACGGAGACUGGCUGUAUGUGUCCGGCGGCCGGACCCGCCACGACCUCUUCUCCUCCGGCCUCUUCCGCUUCCGGCUGGGGGCCGCGGCGGGCGUCCGCUGGGAGGCCGUCACCCCGGCGGGGGGCCGGGCCCCGGCGGCCACGGGCCACUCCAUGGUGUUCCACCCGCCGUCCCGGGCCCUGGUGCUGUACGGCGGGCACCGCCCCUCCACCGCCCGGUUCUCCAUGCGGGUGAACUCCACGGAGCUUUUCCACGUGGACCUGAGGGUCUGGUCAUCCCUGCGGGGGCGCGACGGGCAGCGGGGCCCGCGGGAACGAGCCUUUCACACCGCCAGCGUCCUUGGCAACUACAUGGUGGUGUAUGGCGGGAACGUCCACACGCACUACCAGGAGGAGAAAUGCUACGAGGACGGGAUCUUCUUCUACCACCUGGGCUGCCACCAGUGGGUGUCGGGGGCCGAGCUGGCACCCCCGGGCACUCCCGAAGGCCGGGCAGCCCCCCCGGGAGGCCGAUACUCCCACGUGGCAGCCGUCCUGGGGGGCAGCGUGCUGCUGGUGGCCGGCGGGUACAGCGGGCGGCCCCGCGGAGACCUCUUGGCCUACAAGGUGCCACCUUUCGUGUUCCAGGCGCCCGCGCCCGAUUACCACCUGGACUACUGCUCCAUGUACACUGAGCACAGCGUCUGCGCCCGCGACCCCGAGUGCAGCUGGUGUCAGGGGGCCUGCCAGGCUGCCCCACCCCCCGGAAGUCCCCCCGGCGCGUGCCCAGCGGCCAGUUGCCCGGGGCUGGCCCGGCUCCUGAGCGACUGUCAGUCCUGCCUGGCAUUCAGCAGCUCCUCACUGCCGCCCCGCGGGCCUGGGGCUCUGGGUUGGUGCGUCCACAACGAGAGCUGUCUGCCCCGGCCAGAUCAGGCCCGGUGCCGCGGGGAGCAGAUCUCGGGCACAGUGGGCUGGUGGGGCCCGGCCCCCGUCUUUGUCACCUCGCUGGACGCCUGCCUCACCCACAGCUUCCUGCCGGGCCUGCACCUACUCACCUUCCAGCAGCCGCCCAAUGCCUCCCAGCCGGACAAGGUGUCGAUCGUCCGUAGCACCACCAUCACCCUGACUCCCGGCGCCGAGACGGACGUGUCCCUGGUGUACCGGGGCUUCAUCCACCCUCUGCUGCCGGGGGGCCCGGGGGCGCCGGGCGGCGGGGACGACGUGGCCGUGUGGGCGCGGGCCCAGCGCCUCUUUGUGCAGGCCAGGAUGGCCCGGGCGCCCAACAGUGAUGACAUGGAGGAGGUGGGCAGCUGGGCGGCCCAGCAGGAGAAGGAGACCCGGCGGUUGCAGCGGCCCGGCUCUGCCCGGCUCUUCCCCCUGCCCAGUCGCGGGCACAAGUACCGGGUGGAGAUCCAGGGCCAGCUCAACGGGUCGGCGGGCGCCGGCCACAGCGAGCUGACCCUGCUCUGGGACCGGACCGGUGUGCCCGGGGGCAGUGAGAUCUCCUUCUUCUUCCUGGAGCCGUUCCGCUCGGCGCUGUGCCCCACUUACUCCUCGUGCCUGGGCUGCCUGGCCGACCAGGGCUGCGGCUGGUGCCCGCUCAGCGCCUCGUGCCACCUGCGGCAGGACGGAGCGCUCUGCGGGGGUGGGGCCGCCCUACUGGUGCUGGCACCCGCUCUCUGUCCACUGUGCGAGGAGCACCGCGACUGUCGGGCCUGUGCUCAGGAUCCGUUCUGCGAGUGGCACCUCAGCUUGAGCCGAAAAGGGGACGCCGUGUGCAGCCGACGGGGCCGGGCCCAGGCGGCCGUGCGGACCCCCGACGACUGUCCCCCCCUCUGCAGCCAGCGACUCUCCUGCGAGUCAUGCCUCGCCAACUCCAGUCAGUGCGCUUGGUGUCAGUCCACCAACACCUGCUUCCUGUUCGCCGCUUACCUGGCCCGCUACCCGCACGGGGGCUGCCGCGGCUGGGAUGACAGCGUGCACUCGGAGCGACGCUGCCAGACGUGCGCCCGCUUCUCCUCCUGCCGCGACUGUCUGCAGAACUUCGAGUGCGGCUGGUGCGGAAACCAGGACAACCCCACCCUGGGGAGGUGCCUGCCGGGGGAUUUCUCCGGACCCCGGGGGACGGGCCCCGGAGAGGGUAGCUGUUCGGCCCGGCUCGGGGAGGCCCUGGGGCUGCCGGCCGGGCUCCCCGCCCACUGGGCCUACGGGCAGUGCCCGGACGUGGACGAGUGCCGCCUGGGCCUGGCGCGGUGCCACCCGCGAGCGUCCUGCCACAACACCCCCCACGGCUACGAGUGCCACUGUGAGCGCGGCUACCACGGCGACGGCGUCUCCCACUGCAACCGCACGUGCUUGGAGGACUGCAGGCACGGGGCGUGCAGCGGGCCCCCCGACUUCACCUGCGUGUGCGAGCUGGGCUGGACCUCGGCCGCGCCCCUGCCGACCCCCGCCCCCGGACCCCCCGCCCCCCGCUGCUCCCGGGACUGCGGCUGCAACUUCCACAGUCACUGCCAGACCCGGGGCCCCGGGGUCUGCGAUCAGUGUCAAGACUGGACGUGGGGUGAGCACUGCGAGUUGUGCCGCCCCGGCAGCUUCGGGGACCCGACGGGGCCGAGCGGCUGCCGGCCCUGCCAGUGCCACGGCCACGGGGACCCCACGCGGGGCCACUGCCAUAACCGGACUGGGGUCUGCUUCUGCCGGGACCACACGGAGGGGGCCCACUGCCAGCUGUGUGCCCCGGGCUACUACGGAGACCCCCGGGACGGGGGCUUGUGCUUCCGGGAGUGCGGGGGCCGGGCCCUGCUCACCAACGUCUCCUCCGUGGCUUUGGGCUCGCGUCGGGCCGGCGGGGCCGGGCCCGGCCUCUCCUACUGCGUCUGGGUGGUCUCGGCUUCGGACGCCAUGGCUCCCUGCCCCCCGGGGGCCACCUGCCCCCCGCUCACCCUGACCUUCUCCCCCGACAGCAGCACCCCCUGCACGCUGAGCUACGUCCUGGUGUUUGACGGGCUCCCGCAGUUCCUGGACACGGGCGUCGUCCAGUCGGACCGCAGCCUCAUCGCCGCCUUCUGCGGGCAGCGGGGCCGGGCCCUGACCGUGCAAGCCCUGUCCGGGCUGCUGGUCCUGCACUGGGAGGCCAACGGCUCCUCUUCAUGGGGCUUCAACGCGUCCAUCAGCUCGGGCUACUGCAGGGGGGAGGCGGGGGGGCCCUGGGGCUGCCUUCCGCCUCAGGAGUGUGGCCCCGAGGGCUCCGCCCGCUGCCGCUGCCCCCCCGGCCGGGCCGGGCCCGCCUGCCGCCUGUCCCUCUGCCCCGCAAACUGCUCUGCCCAGGCCGGGGCCGGGGCCUGCAACCAGAGCCUGGGCCUGUGCGUCUGCGCCGAGGGCUACGGAGGGGCCGACUGUGCCACGAAGCUGGACGGUGGGCAGCUGGUGUGGGAGACUCUCAUCGACAGCCGCCUCGCCGCUGACACCGCCAGCCGAUUCCUCCACCGUCUGGGCCAUACGAUGGUCGAGGGGCCGGAGGCCACGCUCUGGAUGUUUGGAGGGCUGGGCCUGCCUCAGGGGCUACUGGGAAAUCUGUACAGAUACUCGGUUGGGGAGCGGCGCUGGACUCAGAUGCUGGCCGGCUCCGAGGACGGGGGGCCCGGCCCCGCCCCCCGCUCUUUCCACGCCGCGGCGUACGUGCCCGCCGGCCGGGGGGCCAUGUACCUCCUGGGGGGGCUCACGGCCGGAGGCGUCGCCCGGGACUUCUGGGUCCUCAACCUCACCACCCUGCAGUGGCGGCAGGAGAAGACUCCCCAGUCCCCCCUGCUCCCGGCCGUGGCUGGCCACACGCUGACCGCCCGGCGAGGCUCCUCCCUGUUCCUGGUCGGCGGCUACUCCCCGGAGAACGGUUUCAACCAGCAGUUGCUGGAGUACCAGCUGGCCACUAGCACCUGGACCACCGGGCCCCAGAGCGGCACCCCCCCGACAGGUCUCUACGGCCACUCGGCAGUGUACCACGAGCCCACCGAUUCCCUCUACAUCUUUGGGGGUUUCCGCUUCCACGUGGAGCUGGCGGCCCCGUCCCCCGAACUCUACUCCCUGCACUGCCCGGACCACACCUGGAGCCUGCUGGCCCCCUCCCAGGGGGCAAAGCCCGGCCCCCGCCUGUUCCACGCCUCGGCGCUCCUGGGGGACACCAUGGUGGUGCUGGGCGGCCGCGCCGAACCCGACGACUUCAGCGGCGACGUCCUGCUCUACCAGCUCAACUGCAACGCUUGGAUGCUGCCCAAUCUCACCAGGCCGGCCUCGGUGGGCCCCCCGAUGGAGGAGUCGGUGGCCCACGCCGUGGCCGGGGUCGGGGGGCGGCUGUACGUGUCGGGGGGCUUCGGGGGAGUGGCGCUGGGCCGGCUGCUGGCCCUCACGCCGCCCUCCGACCCCUGCCGCCUGCUGCCCACCCCCGACGCCUGCAACCAGUCCGGGGCCGCUUGCGCCUGGUGCCGCGGGGCCUGCCUGUCCGGGGAUCGGGCCCACAGGCUGGGCUGCGGGGGUCCCCCCUGCUCCCCCACCCCGCGCUCGGCCGAGGAGUGUCGCCGCCUACGCACCUGCAGCGAGUGUCUCGCCCGGCACCCCCGCUCCCUGCGCCCGGAGGAGGGAGAGGAGGCCUGGCCCCCGCGUUGCAAAUGGUGCACCAACUGCCCCGAGGGGGCCUGCAUCGGCCGGUCGGGCUCCUGCACCUCGGAGAACGACUGCCGCAUCAACCAGCGUGAAGUCUUCUGGGCCGGGAACUGCUCCGAGGUGGUGUGCGGGGCGGCCGACUGCGAGCAGUGCACCCGCGAGGGCAGAUGCAUGUGGACGCGCCAGUUCAAGCGCACGGGCGAGACGCGGCGCAUCCUCUCGGUGCAGCCCACCUACGACUGGACCUGCUUCAGCCACUCCCUGCUGAACGUGUCCCCGAUGCCCGUGGAGUCGUCGCCGCCCCUGCCCUGCCCCACCCCCUGCCACCGCCUGCCCAGCUGCGCCGACUGCCUGGCGGCCAAGGGGGCCGACGGGGGCUGGCAGCACUGCGUGUGGAGCAGCAGCCUCCAGCAGUGUCUGAGUCCGUCCUUCGUGCCCCUGCGCUGCCUGGCGGGGGGCUGCGGGCGCCUGCUGCGGGGGGCGGAGAGCUGCUCGCCCGACUGCGCCCUCGCCCCGCAGUGUGCCCUCUGCCUGCGCCGCCCCCACUGUGGCUGGUGCGCCUGGGGGGGCCCCGGCCAGGACGGGGGCGGCCGCUGCCUCCAGGGGGGUCUCAGCGGCCCCCAGCCAGGCCUCACGUGCGGCGCGGGGGCCGGGGAGCCCGGGGCCUCCUGGGCCUUCCUGUCCUGUCCCCCCGAGGACGAGUGUGCCAACGGGCACCACGACUGCAACGAGACGCAGAACUGCCACGAUCGGCCCCACGGUUACGAGUGCAGCUGCAAGCGGGGCUACACCCGGGACAAUGCCACUGGGCUGUGCCGCCCGGUCUGCGCCCAAGGCUGCGUCAACGGCUCGUGCGUGGAGCCCGACCACUGCCGCUGCCACUUCGGCUUUGUCGGCCGCAACUGCUCCGCGGAGUGUCACUGUAACCGGCACAGCCAGUGCGCGGGGGCCUCUGCCCGGGACCAGUGUCUGCUGUGCCACAACAAUACCAUGGGCGCCCACUGCGAGCACUGCCGCCCGCUCUUCGUGGGUUCGGCCCUGGGCGGCGGGACUUGCCGCCCGUGCCGCGCCUUCUGUCGGGGCAACAGCGACGUGUGCGUCAGCCGGAAGGAGCUGGAGGCGGCGAGGAGGGAGCCCAGGGGGCACCCGCUGCAACCCGAGGCCAUCCUGAGCUGGGUGUCGGAGGGGCCCAGCGAGGACGAGGCCGUGUGCGUCAACUGCCAGAACAACAGCUACGGGGAGAAGUGCGAGAGCUGCCUCAACGGCUACUUCCUGCUGGAUGGCAAAUGCACAAGGUGCCAGUGCAACGGGCACGCCGACACAUGUAACGAGCAGGAUGGCACGGGCUGCCCGUGUCAGAACAACACGGAGACGGGGGCCUGCCAGAGCAGCACACAGAACGACCGCCGCGAUUGCUACAAGUACCAGUGCGCCAAGUGCCGGGAGUCCUUCCACGGGAGCCCGGUGGGCGGCCAGCAGUGUUACCGGCUGAUCUCGGUGGAGCAGGAGUGUUGCCUGGACCCGGCCUCUCAGGUCAACUGCUUCCACGAGCCCAAGCGCCGGGCCCUGGCCCGCGGCCGCACCGUCCUGUUCGGCGUCCAGCCCAAGUUCACCAACGUGGACAUCCGGCUGACCCUGGACGUGACCUUCGGCGCCGUGGACCUCUACGUGUCCACCUCGUACGACACGUUCGCCGUGCGCGUCGACCCGGACUCCGGGGUCCACUCGGUGCAGAUCCAGCCGCCGCCGGGGGCCGCCGAGCCCUCGCCCCCCGAGCCGCCCGGGCGGGUGCGGGAGGAGCGGCCGCGGGGCCUCAUCACCUACGUGACGGUCUGGGAGCCGGCCACGGUGCUGGUGGUCCGGGGGGUGCGGGACCGCCUGGUCAUCACCUACCCGCACGAGCGCCACGCCCUCAAGUCCAGCCGCUUCUACCUGCUGCUGCUGGGGGCCGGCGACGGCCGCGGCGGCCCCGGGGCCAACGGCUCCACCGACUCGCAGGGCCUGCUCUUCUUCCGCCAGGACCAGGCCCACAUCGACCUGUUCGUCUUCUUCUCCGUCUUCUUCUCCUGCUUCUUCCUCUUCCUGUCGCUGUGCGUGCUGCUCUGGAAGGCCAAGCAGGCCCUGGACCUGCGGCGGGAGCAGCGCCGGCACCUGCAGGAGAUGACCAAGAUGGCCAGCCGGCCCUUCGCCAAGGUGACCGUCUGCUUCCCGCCCGCCGGCCCCUGCCGCCGCCCCCUGGACCCCCCGCCGGCCCCGCUGCUGGCGGCCGGGGGGGCCGGGGGGCCCUGGGCGGGGCUGCGGGUGGGGCCCAUCACACUGGAGCCCACGGAGGACGGCAUGGCCGGGGUGGCCACGCUGCUGCUGCAGCUGCCGGGGGGGGCCCAGGCCCCCAACCGCGCCUGCCUGGGGUCCGCCCUGGUGACCCUCCGCCACCACCUCCAAGAGUACUGCGGGGGCGGCGGGGCCGGCGGCGGGGCCAGGGGGCACGGCCCCGGCGCCGGCCGCAAGGGCCUCUUGAGCCACGACAAUCUGACCAGCAUGUCGCUGUGAGCCCGGAUGGACGGACGGACGGCGGGCGGGAGGACCCGCCGGGGCCACGGCCGCCGGCCCGCACCCCCCUCCCACCUCUCCAUCGCUCUCCCCGCCCACCCCGGGUCGGCCGAGAACGGGGGGCCGGGGCCGAAUAAACUCCCGUUGAGAGGGGACGCCGGCGCCCGCCCGGAUGCUGUCUCUUCUCCCGGGUGGAGGCGGGGCGGGCAGGGGGUAGGCGAGGGGCAGUGAGGGGUAGAAGCGGCGUGCGGGCUACAGAAGGGAAGUCACCCCCCACCCCCCGCCCCACCUUCGAAGCCAGGAUGAGAAGGCCGGGUGUGGCGUGGGAAGGUGGGCCUGGCCAACUUGACAGAGACCCUUCCCUCGGGCUGGGCUGCUGCUGAGGGAGGCGGUCGGGCAGUCGAUUGUAUCUGUUGAGCGCUUACUGUGUGCGGGGCACUGUGUUAAGCGCUUGGAAGAGGACAACAGAAAAAUAAAACAGAUCUA